ACUGCGCGGCAGCGUGAGGACCACAACCUUGCCGCUAUUGUCCUCCCUCAGCUCUUCUGUGCCAUUAUGAGCUUCCAGGACAUUGAAACUGGCCUUGCGCGUCCGGGACAAUCAAGUUCGACAGCGCUCCAGCCCCGUGAAGAGUCUGCGUUUCUCUCCUUGCAAUCGUCACUUUCACUCCAAGUGUUCAAGAUAAAUUCGAAUGUACAGGGUAUCCUCAAGCUCGUUGACCAACUUGGCACUACAAAGGACUCUGCCACACUAAGGAAGUCUUUACAUGACCUCACCGAGACGACUAGGGCUAUGGCCAAGCGAGGCUCCGAGGACUUGAAAAAGAUUGCCUCGACAGCUGCGACCAGCCCUCAACACAAGACCUCGGUUCAGAAGAUAUCACAUGACUUGCAGCUGUCUUUGGUAGCAUUUCAAAGAGCACAACAAGUUAGCGCAGAGCGCCAGAGAACAGUGGUAGAAGGGGUGAAGAUAGCAGUAGAAGACGAGCACCAUGAUGACACGCUGCGCCAACGAGAGCCAAGCGCAUCUCCCCGACAACGCCAGGCUCAACUUCUUCAGUCACAGCUUUCUCCACACGAACUUGCGUACCAGGAGUCUUUGAUCCAAGAACGAGAAGCAGAGAUUCAAGAGAUUGAGUCCGGUAUACACGAACUAUCGGAGAUAUUCCGCGACCUUGGAACACUGGUCAACCAACAAGGCGGCAUGCUUGACAACAUUGAAUCGAACGUGUAUUCCAUCGCUGUAGAUACCCAAGGGGCAGCCGAGGAGCUUUCGACUGCAUCCGAGCACCAGCGUAAAGCUGGGCGACGUGCAGCGUGUCUCAUGAUUAUCAUUGUCAUCGUCGUUGCAGUUGUGCUUCUUGCCAUUUUGUCAUAGACACGGUGUUCCCUAUGUCAUCGGCUCUUAUACCUUUGCUAGUUUUUUGUUGCCUACGAAUUUUGGACAUUGCUUCACCGAAGCUUUCCUAUCAUGUUCAUGUUUUUAUUUUUAACGUCUAUUUUUGAUAUCAAUGCAUUUUGAUGCCGACGUCGGAGAAGGUCAGUGUCGAGAAACCUUUCUACUUUGCCCCAAAUCGGUUCCGAACAGUAUGGGUAUACAUCAUUUUUAAGCUUU